GCAAUGAGUGGAAUCCUGAAGAGGAAGUUUGAGGAGGUGGAGGGGUCUUCGCCGUGCUCGUCACUACGGGAGUCGGAGGAUGAGGUCUCGAGCAGCGAGAGCGGAGACAGCAGUGACAGCAUCAACCCCUCCGCUACACGCUUCACACCUUCAUCUAUCCUGAAGCAAGAGAAGCGGAUGAGGACACGCAGGGUGCAUUUUGAGAAUGUGACAGUGUAUUACUUCAGCCGAAGGCAGGGCUUCACCAGCGUGCCCAGCCAGGGUGGCAGCACCCUGGGCAUGUCAAGCCGUCAUAGCUGCGUCAGGCAGUACACGCUGGGCGAGUUUGCCCUCGAGCAAGAGAGGAUCCACAGAGACAUGCUCAGAGACCACCUCAAAGAGGAGAAACUCAACUCCAUCAAACUGAGGCUGACCAAGAAUGGCUCUGUGGAAUCAGAAGAAGCCAACGCUCUCACAUUGGACGACAUAUCAGACGAUGACCUUGACCUGGACAGCACGGAGGUGGACGAGUAUUUUUUCCUGCAGCCUUUGACAACAAAGAAACGGCGAGCACUCCUGCGAGCGUCUGGGGUGAAGAAGAUUGACGUGGAGGAGAAACAUGAACUGAGGGCCAUCCGAAUAUCGAGAGAGGAUUGCGGCUGCGACUGCCGGGUCUUUUGUGACCCGGAGACCUGCGCCUGUAGCGUGGCCGGGAUCAAGUGUCAGGUGGACCGGAUGUCGUUCCCCUGUGGAUGUACCAAAGAAGGCUGCAGCAAUGCGGCCGGCAGGGUUGAGUUCAAUCCCAUUCGUGUUCGCACCCACUUUCUGCACACCAUCAUGAAGCUAGAACUAGAGAAAAGCCGAGAACAGCAGCAGGUCUCCUCCGCUGUUGGCAAUGGCUACCACAGCGACCCUAACGGCCACUGCAGCCCCUUGGUGCAAAGUCAGCAUAGCCUUGAAUACUCACUGUCAGAUUCUGUGCAGCAGUCGGCCAUCAUGCACCUGCAGGCCGCCAACGACAUGGAUGAAAGUCUGGAGGAAGAAGAGGAGGAGGAGGAGGAGGAGGAAGAGGACGAGGAGGAAGAUGAAAACGAUGAAGACGAAGAGGAGGACGAGAGCAGCAGCUUGUGCAGCCUCUCGGAUUCCAGCACCCAGAGCUUGGCCAAUAGCGACUCUGAGGAAGAGGACGAUGAUGAAGAUAAGUGUGAAGAUUUUGAAGAUGGACUGAGCACGCCCACUCCGUACCAUACAGAGGUAGUACCUCCUUCCUCGGUUCUAUGUUAUCCAGAAAGCUCCGUGACACAGGACAACCAGACCAACGGUAACUCCUACUUCAUUAGCCCUUCAGCUGAGUAUUACCAGAUGGAAAAUGCCAGCGCUGCUUCAGUGUUGGCGGCAGCCAACCAAUCAGGUGACGGUUAUGGAGACUCAAUGUCAUUCCAGAACAGGGUAACCUCCUCCAACAGAGGAAUGGGACAGACACCUUUCAGCCUACUCCCAGAGCAGUACACAGACUACUCCCAGCAGGCAGAGGAGCAGUAUGCUAAUCAUCAUUUCUCACUGAUCAAUGGCGCGUCCGCAGUCAGUUCUUGCCCCGCCCCCGAACAGGAGAAAAGCGUCCCACCCAAAGCCACCUUCCUCAGUCAAUCAGGAGAGCUUACUCAAAUGGAGCUCCAGAAUUAUCUGAACAAUAACACACAAGACAGCUAUGUCGCUAACGGGAACUGCUACAUGGCGGAACCACCGAAAGAGGCAUCCCACAGUCUGUCUGAAGUUCCUUCUUUAUCGGACGCUACAAAAGGCCCUCCAGCGAUUGAGAGCUUUCCGGAAGCCACACCUGUUUAA